CCCCCACGUAGUUGCCCGGGGCUUCCAGCAACUGAAAGCGACGGUCGGUCGCGCGUCGCGUCUCUCCAGCUAUUUUAUUUGCUUGUCGUGUCUUGGUUACAGAGGGUUUCAUAACACUCCAUUCCCCAUCCAGGAACACAGGAUAGGAGUAUUAGGACUCUGUUCUUUUUGACGCUGCUAGAAGUUGCUGUGACCACCUCCUUGCUGAGACGAGUGCUGAUACCAUCCUGUUAAAGGAUAAUCAAGAUAUGGCUGAAUCCAACCUUGGAUGCCAUGAUGCCACCAAUGAGAAACCUGAAGUCCAUGAGGAGAGCGGGUAUGAGACAGCUGAGAGGUCUACCUUGUCCCAACAUACGAGAACUCAUACAGGAGAGAAACCAUACAAGUGUGACCAGUGUGACUAUUCUGCAGCCCUUAAAUCCAGUUUGGACAGCCAUGUACUGAAGCAUACUGGAGAAAAACCUUUCAUGUGUGGACAGUGUGGGUACAGGGCAGCUCAUAAAUCUAACUUAUCCAAACAUAUGAGGACACACACAGGAGAGAAACCCUACAAGUGUGACCAGUGUGACUAUUCUGCCGGGAGCAAGUUUGCUUUGAACCAGCAUGUCUCCACACACACUGGUGACAAACCCUACAUGUGUGGGGAGUGUGGGUACAGGGCAGCACAAACAUCCCACAUAAACCGACACAUGAGAAUUCAUACAGGACAAAGACCCUUCAAGUGUGAGCACUGUGACUAUUCUGCAGCCCAGAAAUCCGUUUUGAACAGCCAUUUAGCUAAACAUACAGGUGACAAACCCUACAUGUGUGGGGUAUGUGGGUACAGGGCAACUAGAAAGUCUCACUUAUCUGACCAUAUGAAAUCUCACACAGGAGAAAAACCUUUCUUGUGUGAAGUGUGUGGGUAUAAAACAGCUCACAAGUCUCAUCUUACUGUCCAUAUGAGAACUCAUACAGGUAACAUUACUGAGAGGCCCUACAUGUGUGGGGAGUGUGGGUACAGGGCAAAGCAGAAAUCUCACCUGUCAGACCAUAUGAAAACACAUACUGGUGAGAAGCCUCUCAUGUGUGACCAGUGUGGGUACAGGACUGCUAAGAAGUCUCACUUGGCCCAACACAUGAGAACUCACACUGGUGAAAAACCCUACAUGUGUGGGGAGUGUGGGUUUAGGACAACUAUGAGGGCCAACUUGUCUUUCCAUAUGAGAACUCACACUGGAGAAACCACUUGCACUGAAAAAAAAUUCAAGUGUGACGAGUGUGGGUACAGGGCAGCUAGGCAGUUGCACUUGUCCCAACAUAUGAGAACUCACACGGGAGAGAAACCCUACAAGUGUGAUGAGUGUGACUAUUCUGCAGCUCUUAAAUCCAGUUUGGACAGCCAUCGACUAUUAAAACAUACUGGUGAGAAACCUUUCAUGUGUGGAGAGUGUGGGUACAGGACAGCUUAUAAACCUGCCUUAUCCAAACAUAUGAGAACUCAUACUGGCGAGAGACCCUUCAAGUGUGACUAUUCUGCAGCAAAGAAAUGCACUUUGGACAUCCAUGUAUUGAAACAUACUGGAGAAAAACCCUUCAUGUGUGAGGAGUGUGGUUACAGGUCAACUCAGAAGUCGACCUUAUCCCAACACAUGAGAACUCAUCAUACGGGAGAGAAACCCUACUAGUGUGACCUGUGUGACUAUUCUGCGGCCCAGAAAUACAGUUUGAACGUUCAUCUAAAAAAUCACGCUAAGAAACCACCUGUGUGGGUACAGGGCAAGUAGACAGGUACACCUGUCCUAUCGUAUGAAAACUCAUUCUCGUGGCACCAAAGGACAAAACCCCAAUAGAAGUGAAAUGCAGCAUUGUAUAUCACAUUCCGUGCCAGGGAACUAGAUGGAAAGAGACUUGCGAAGAAUCCUACAUGGGCGGGACUGAACACUGACUGAGAACCAAAUUCCUUCAACACCAAUACCCCUGUUCCCUGUCAUCGGAAGUCUCUCAACACAUCCACAAUGAUUCACUGGGCCAUAUCGUUUCACUGGAUCAAGUCACUUAACAGGACUACUUUGAGUUUGUAAGAGGUUUUAAGGAGGUCAUAUACAUUAGGGCACUCCAGCCAUCACUGAACAGAGACACCGUGCAUUAUAAAUGUCCUGCCACGUUAGACCAAUUGUUGAUGUCACGUGUCCGCAAGAUCACAUGUUAAUAAGAUCAUGUGUCUGUAACUCUCACGACUUUAUGUCCUGAAGUGAUUGGUCAUCAGCAUUGAUCCUAAAGAAGGCGAGUGAAAAUUUGAUCACCUUUGUGUUUGAAGAAAGUUAAGCAUUGUAUUAUCUUCUGGAAUGUUGACUUCAGGAAGAGUUUGCUUUUGAACUAAAUAUCUGUACAGGAAACUUCACAAAAAAUGAAACAUUAUCAUUGUAACUUUUUUUAUUCACAUUUUCCUAAAAUCAAGGCAUACUGUAAAUGUUAGAAGAAUGACAUUUAUCUUAGUUUUGUCUUAAAUCUUCUCAACAAAAGAAGUUCACUGCUACCAGAGCAAUGUAUAUCAUAUCGGAACAGUGAGUAGGUCUAACAAAUGUUUGUCCACUUCCCAAAUAGUAUAUAAUUGGGUCUAAUCCUUAUUUUACCUCACAGUUCACUUCAUGGCACUAACAUAGUUCCAUCAGCACUAUUCUAAAUACCAACCUAUGUAUUAAAAUACUUGGAUAAAAGCUCUUUUACUGUCACCCUCUUGCCCUUGCCAGUGGCACUGCAGGAAUAAGUACCCUUGUAUGUAUGACUACACACAUCUACACGUAUGACUUGGAUAAGUUUGGGAGGCUGUACGUACACUCGGAAGGCAGAAGGCACAUAUAUACAAGCUUUUCUGUCCAUACAAUACAGUAUCUUACACCAACGUGGCUUAGCGGGCAUAACCAAGGUUCUCUGAACCUUUCUAAUUUCAAAGAUGAAUCCUCAGAGUACCAAGGUCCAUCCUAAAUCACUUCUGGUACAUCUUUUCUAUGUAAAGUAAAACACAUGUCAAAAUACAGCAAUUGCUUAUCACCAAUAUUAGCAUUCAAACUCUUAAUUCUAAAUCUUCUUUAUUUGUUAUCAUUAUACAGUAUCAGAAAUUGCAACUUCACUUUGAAAAAUAGGGCAGACGGUCUUAUGUCUUUUCACAGUUAUUGUGAAAAUGUUCAAAUCUUAAGCCACCUCCUAUGCCCAUCUUUAACCUGCCCUUUAAGCUAUCUCUCUAUUGGCUAAAUCACAAAAAAUGCCAGAACAGAUAAACUUUACAAAGUACACAAAACAUAACAUACUUAACAACGAUGUUGUAGUAACAUUUUAUAAAUAAUUCCAUCUGACAAGGUCUUACAUAUGCUUAUAUACUCUAAGCCAUGGUAUUUUCCUUGUAGGGACAUGACAAAAUUGUUCUCCCUUGUAAUGUUAUGGUCCAACUUGACACCGAAAGGAGAAAAAAAGUACAACAAUCAUUUGCUAACCUUAAGUUUGAUCCCAUAUGCAUAUUCAUCAGACAUCCCCAUUAUAGAGCGAUUUGAAAAGAUUGCAGAUACAAAAUUUUCAAUAUCUAUGUAUGACAUUGUACAUCUCAAGGCAUCUACUGGGCUUAUAUCUGGGUAAUUGUUUCAGCAUAGUCAAACCUCUCAUCGAGGCCACCAUGAGAAGAUUUUAGGUACUGCAGUCUUGUGUAUCAUUAAAAUGUCCAUAGUUUUGUUCAACACUAAUAAUAAUGAUCUUAGGGUCUAAGAAUCUUCACUGUACAGUCAGAAAAUGUACUGUAAGGUCUGUACAAUACAAUACAAGGCUAACUCCUCUGUAUCAUAACACACACAUUUGAGGAGCAUCUGCAUCAUUGACACAUAGAUGCCUUAAACAGAUAACUGACUGAAGCUGUGUGAGUCAGUCAGAGCGAUUUGACAAAGCGCCAACUGAAUUUCAUCUGUAAAAAUCUAAUCUGUAUACAAUUUGUGUGUUUUGUUGUCUUUUUAGUCAUAGUUGUGUGUAUUACAUGAUAUUAAAAUUAUAAAGUAUCAUAAUAAAAUAGAAUACAUGCAGCACCAUUGUUUCUUUUCUGUUCACGACACAAAAUGUUACUACUUGAAACUACUUUCCAACCAAAAGG